GCUGCCUUCUUGGAACAGUCGGUACAAAGCAACCAAUGAUACCAUCACCGUCGACUUCAGCUUCUAGUCUUCCCCCGUUUGCAGGCUUACCACUCCUCUUUUCCACCACUUACUAACCCAACCCACAUUUACAACUCUCUCUUAUACCACGCCUCCGCUCGUGGGCUAGUUACUGCCGUGCCCCUGCAGUGUCGGACUGCGCCACGCUGGUCCAAACCAAGCUGCGCAUCUCGUGCGCUUGAUUCCAGAUAAGACCCGUGGUCCUCUGGCUCAAGGAAGAUCCGGAUUUCCUACGUAACCCCUCAGCUACCAACCGCACAAAAGCCUGCUGCGCGACACUGCAGUAGAAUCUCAACAUGGCUUUGCCCAAGAGAAUCAUCAAGGAGACCGAGCGUCUGAUGGCUGAGCCCGUGCCCGGAAUCAGUGCGGUUCCUCACGAGGAGAACCUUCGCUACUUUGAUGUCACCAUCGACGGCCCGGACUCCUCCCCUUACCAAGGUGGCACAUUCAAGUUGGAGCUGUUCCUCCCGGACGACUACCCCAUGACACCACCCAAGAUCCGGUUCCUCACCAAGAUCUUCCACCCCAACGUCGACAAGCUUGGUCGUAUCUGCCUUGACGUCCUGAAAAACAACUGGUCUCCUGCCCUCCAGAUCCGCACAAUCCUCCUCUCAAUCCAAGCCCUCCUCGGCGCACCCAACCCAGACGACCCGCUUGCUGCAGACGUCGCCAAGUCAUGGAAGGAGGAUGAGAAGGCCGCUAUUCAGACGGCCAGGGAGUGGACACAGAAAUAUGCGACAGGCCAGAAGUAGGAGGAGCGCCUUGAUCGCCCGUCUGCCCCUGGUCACACUGCUGUAGCGGAGGAGGAGCCAGCCAGGACGGGUUGGUGGAUCGGUGCCGAGGAUGAGGACCUGGAACAACUCGAUAAAACCCUAGACGAGAUCUUGAAGGAGCGCCGGACUCCACCACCCAAGGGGGUGGAACGCAACAAUCGAUGGGCUUCAGAGUCAGUGGGCAAUGGUCUAUCUUCUUGGAAGCGUUGCUAGGCAUGGUCCGGUGACGAUGUUUUCAUGUGUUGUUGGUGGCAUGGUUGCUCGCUGGAAGAUGGCUGGAAGAUAACAGACAGUUGGCUGUGAUGUGGAGGACUCGAGGAUGGGGGAGGCACAGCCGGAAGUCCUUGUGGCCAUUUGGGCAUACGACAAGACACGGUUGUACACGUGGCAACACAGCAUCCACGCUGUAAUAGAAGUGAUGAAGGUUGGAGAGGCCCCAUUCCUUCUUGCGUAUGCUGCCAGGGCCGGGCCUUCAUGGUAUAGAUUCUUGCAAGCCAGAUCAGAUGAGCCAGUGUGGGGUACAUCCCGUUGCUUGAAGUGUUUCUACCUUGUCCCUGCCGCCUGAAAGCACAGGUUGGCCCUUGCUUUGUCUGCACCCAGAGGUACCCUAGAGUGGACCAGGACAAAAGAGGGAGACGAUUGUGGUUGCGGCAAUAGCUUCACAAAGACUUUGUUUGAUAACCAAGACUGGAAGAGAAAGGCUUGCUCGGGAGAGCACGGGACACUGUGCAUAUAUCUCAACGGGUGCUUCCGAGGAAACAGGACCUAUUGGCAAAUCUGGGUGAACAGACCUAGGUAACUAGCUCCCAGACCAAAAGCAGCCUCGUAUCAUCAAAAGUCAAAACCACCAACUUGACACCACCAUGUUUCAGUACAGCAACUGGAAUUGUGGAGACUGUUCAAAGUCAUUUUGCCUGGCGAUCGACGAUGGAGAUUCCAAGAAGGGAGAUAUGCCGGUCUGCUCAGGCUGUGGUAGCACGUCAGUUACUCAGAUAACAGGGCCGCAACCAUCCCCGCAAGGAAACUCUCCACGGGAAGCUGUGCAGCCCUUCCCAGGGUGUGCCACUUCCUGAAAGGCUUUGCAAAUUCUGGACAGCAUCCAAGACACACCCCUACCCCUGAGCCCCUUGAAGGUGUUGAUUCCCACGGACCUGGCUGGCUGCAAUAUUCAAGUGAUUUGAACAGAGCCCUGUCUGUUUCUGCGACUCGAUCUGCUAGGGGUCAUACAUAUAUGUAUGUAUGGGUGGGUGGAAGAUUGUAAAGUCAGCAUGGACACAAGACCGCAAGAGGACUCGAGACUUUCAUGGCCUAAGAAAAGAACGGCCUGGGCAGUAUGACUACCCCAAGAGGUGCAAUAGCAUUCCCCUUUUAUUCUGCCUAGUUUGAAUUUCUUCUGAAGAACCUGAAAAAUAAUAGAAAUUGUGGGAUAGGUGUAAAUUGAUAUUCUUCCAGGCUCAUUGUCUUUU